AUGAUGGCUUGUUUACAGCCAAGUAAUCGUGUUCGGGCACAGAUGGCAAUCAAAAACCUUGGUGGCAAGUCCAAAAACCAGAAUUUAUAUCCGUACGAAGAGAAACACUUUGCCAGCUUCGUAAACAAGCAGAGCGAACAUAUAGGCGGGAACCUUCGUGGCGCUUUGCAGGCUAUGGGAGUCACAUAUCAACAAGUAGCAGAUCUCAAAUCGACACGCGAUUCAAGCAUCAAAACUGACGUCAUCAAACCAAUGAAUGAGAUAACACUGAAAGAACUUUCCAAUUUACAGAAACUUCGAAAAACCUGCUCGGACGCUCAAAGAGAGUUGACUGCUGCGGAGAAGAAUAGAAAUAACGUUGGUGACCAGGCGUCGAUUGAACGGAGAGAGAAAGCCUUGAGAGCGCACACAGAAGCCAACACACGACUCCAAAAUGCUAUCUCAGAUUUCAGGCGGGAUGAGCCUAAGAGACUGUUGGUCCUUCAGUCGGCAGCCGAAAUUCAAUUAGAUUAUUACAAGAAGGCUAUGGAGGCAUUUCAAAAUUUGGUUCAGGAACUAAGUUCAAUCCAGAGCAACGCGACCUACAAUGUAGAAAAUCAACCAUCAACACUGAACAACUUCGGGGAGUACGGAGUGUCUCAGGGAGGCAGUCAAAUGACAUCCGAUUUCGGUUUCACUGCCACUGUCAAAAGAAAUGAAUCACACGACAAUUACAGCAGUAACGCCGGAGCCAAAACUGGACGAUGCCGCGCCCUGUACGAAUUCGAGGCCGAGACCGACGACGACCUACCUCUUCAGAAGGGCGACAUAGUCACCAUCAUUCAACAGUACAAAUUCAUGCAAAAUGACCAUUAUUUCGUUGUCGUUCAGGUUGAUAAUCAAUGGUUCUACGGAGAAUGCAACGGCCGCAAGGGGCACUUCCCAGUAGAGUAUGUGGAGGUUCUUGAACCACUGAACUAG